UGCUCCGUGGUUUUGCAUGGCGGCAGCAGCGGCAUUGCAUUUAGGCGCCUGUAGUUUUCAACAAACAAUCAUCAUUAAGUGAUAUUCUAGCCAAGAGGGCAAAAUUUAAUUCUUUUGAGAUUAUACUCUAGUUGAAAUGGAUUUCCUGGAGUAUUCUGACAUAUCUGCUGAGAUUAAAGGAGCUAAUGUCGCUGGGAAGGUGAAGUUUACAGAUCAGCAUAUAAUUUUCAAAAACAACAAAACCGGCAAAGUUGAUCAGAUUGUAGCAACAGACAUAGAUGUUGCUAAUUGGCAUAAAUUAGUAGGAUCAUGGGCUCUGCGCCUCUUCCUGAAGAAUGGUAACUUGCAUAGAUACACUGGAUUUCGAGAAUCGGAUCAAGAGAAAGUGUCUAAAUUCUUUAAAACAAACUACAAGCAUGACACUUCAGAAAAAGAACUGUGCUUGAAAGGGUGGAAUUGGGGGACAGCCCGUUUCCAAGGAUCUGUUCUCAGCUUUGAUGUGGGCAGUUAUCCAUCAUUUGAAAUUCCACUCAACAAUGUGAGUCAGUGCACUCCCGGUAAAAAUGAAGUCACCAUUGAAUAUCACCAGAAUGAUGAUGCACCAGUUAACUUAGUGGAAAUGCGAUUCCACAUACCCAGCUCAGAAAUAGCUGGUGGAGACGAUCCAGUUGAUUCAUUCCAUCAGCAAGUUAUGAAAAAUGCCAGUGUUAUCAAUGUUUCUGGUGAUGCUAUUGCUAUCUUUAGAGAAAUUCAAUGUCUCACACCCCGUGGUCGUUAUGACAUCAAAGUGUUCCAGACAUUCUUCCAACUUCAUGGAAAAACCUUUGACUACAAAAUACCUGUAUCCACUGUUCUUAGGUUAUUUAUUUUACCUCAUAAAGAUGGAAGGCAAAUGUUCUUUGUGGUGAGCUUAGAUCCUCCAAUCAAACAAGGCCAGACACGAUAUCAUUUCCUCACAUUCCUCUUCAGUAUUGAAGAAACAAUGAGUAUUGAGUUGCCUUUCAGUGAUGAGGAGUUGAAAGACAAAUUUGAGGGCAAGUUAUCCAAGGAAUUGUCUGGACACACUUAUGAGGUCAUGGGAAAAGUCAUGAAAGCAAUUGUAAACCGUAAAAUAACUGUACCUGGAAAUUUUAUUGGCCAUUCUGGUACUUCAGCUAUCGGUUGUUCAUACAAAGCCGCAGCAGGCUAUAUGUACCCUCUGGAGCGAGGCUUCAUCUAUGUCCACAAACCUCCAAUCCAUCUUCGAUAUGAAGAAAUAACCAGCGUCAACUUUGCCCGAAGUGGUUCGACUACCAGGUCUUUUGACUUUGAAGUUGAAUUAAAAUCUGGUGUGGUCCACACUUUCAGUAGCAUUGAAAAGGAAGAGUACACAAAGCUGUGGGAUUUCAUUUCUAAGAAGAACUUACGAGUCAAGAACAGUGGUAAACCCAGCAAGCAAGGCUAUGCUGAUGACGCAUUCAGUGAUUCUGAAAAUGAAGAUGAGCCUGAUGCAUAUCUUGCUCGCGUUAAAGCUGAAGCCAAGGAGAGAGAUGAAGAUGGUGGGGAAGAUGAUGAGUCUACUGAUGAAGACUUCGUUCCUGGAGAAAUGCCUGAUGAUGAUAACUCUGCUGGAAGUGGCACAAGUGAUGACUCUGAUGGAGGCUCAGAUGCAUCUGCAGAUAGUCCUAAGAAAAAAGAGAAGAAACCUGUCAAAGAAAAAGAAGAGAAACCUAAAAAAGAGAAGAAGCCAGCUUCUGAAAAGCCAACUAAGCGUCGUCAGAAGAAAGAGAAAGAUGAUAACAGGCCUAAGCGACCCCAAACAGCAUUCAUGUUAUGGCUGAAUGAAACUAGAAAGAGUAUUGUAGAGGACAACCCUGGUAUCAAGGUUACUGAAGUUGCUAAGAAGGGCGGAGAACUUUGGAAGGAAUUGAAGGACAAAUCUGAAUGGGAGGCUAAGGCCACAAAGCUGAAAGAAGAGUAUACAGAAGCAAUGAAAGAGUAUACUGCAUCUGGUGGAAGCUCUGCAGCAGCUUCAAGCAAGAAAGAAAGUGGUGCUAAAAAGCCAAGCAAGUCAAAAGUUAGUGCUGUUUCCCCCUCUAAAGUUGUCAGCAAGGAGUACAUUAGUGAUGAUGACAGCAGCAGUGAUGAUGACAAACCAGCAAAGAAGGAGAGUAAGAAACCAGAGAAAAAAUCGUCAAAGAAAAAGUCAUCUUCUGAAGAGGAGGAAAGUAGUGAAAGUGAAGGUGAACCACCAUCAAAAAAGAAAGCUAAUGGCAAAAAAAAACCCAAGGAUGAAGAUGAUGAUGAUGAAGAGGAAGCUGAAACAACUCCAUCCUCAGGAGAUGACAGUGAUUAGUUUGGUCUUAAUUUAUUUCUCUACUAUACAAUUCCAUAAAUCAGUAUGUCUUGUUCAUGUUACCUAUUUAAAUUCCCAUAGACGUAUCGUUGGAAACUCCAAGUGAUCAACUAAUUCCCAUCCCUGUACAAUAGUCAUUAGUGGUCCAUUGUAUAUUAUUGAGGUUUCUUAGGAGAUGUGAUCUGUUUUGUAAACCCAUUUACUAUUUGUAAAUAUACUCAGUUUAUUUUUUA